AGCUCUGCAUCAAUCAGGAUGAAGAACAACUUGUGGUGAAGAAGCAGGAGAUGAAAACCUUUCCUGCAUCUCCUACCAGUGUAGAAAUAAGCUGCAGUGAACCCGAACCAAACAGGGAGCAACUCGUCUCUCGGGACGGCUGUGAUGCUGAGGACCGAAAUCAGGAAGAAAGCAAUGAUGAAGACACAGAAAUAAGCAGCGAUGAAGAACCGAAACAAAAUAACAGAUGUCAGAAAACCAGAGGGUAUGAUAACAAUUCUGACAAAUUAAAACAAAAAGAGCAGAAGAAAACGCACAAAGAUAAAAAUCUGUAUUCAUGUACGAUGUGUGAUGAAUUGUUUUCUCAAAAGACUCACUUGAUCUACCACAUGAGAACGCACACAGGUGAGAAGCCUUUCUCAUGCAAGUUUUGUGGAAAAUGUUUCAGUCGAGAAAGUAUUGUGAACAAUCACCUGAGAAUCCACACAGGCGAAAAGCCCUUCUCAUGUCUGACCUGUGGAAAAAGUUUCACUCUCAAACAUAAGUUGACGGAUCACAUGAGAAUUCACACGGGUGAGAAACCGUUUCCGUGCAACGCUUGUGAUAAAUCUUUUAAUCUAAAAAGCAAUCUGAAGCAGCACCUGAGAAUCCACACGGGCGAGAAGCCUUUCUCAUGUGUGACCUGCGGUAAAAGUUUCAGUCAAAGAAGUCAAGUAACGCUUCACAUGAGAAGUCACACGGGUGACCGACCUUUUUCAUGCGUGACCUGUGGGAAAAGUUACAGCCACAAAGGUCACCUAACUGAUCACAUGAGAACUCACACAGGUGAGAAGCCAUUUUCAUGUCUGACAUGUGGAAAAAGUUACAGUCAGAAAGGCAAUUUGACAGUUCACAUGCGAAUUCACACAGGUGAGAGGCCGUUUCCAUGUAGCACCUGUGGAAAAACCUUCAGUCGAAGAAGUCGUUUAAAAACUCACAUGAGAACUCAUACGGGUGAAAAGCCGUUUUCAUGUGUGAACUGUGGAAAAUGUUUUAGUCACAAACAGGUUUUAACUCGGCACAUGAUGAUUCACACUGGUGAAAAGCCGUUUUCAUGUGUGACCUGUGGAAAAGGUUUUAGUCACAAACAGGUUUUAACUCGGCACAUGAUGAUUCACUCUGGUGAAAAGCCGUUUUCAUGUGUGACCUGUGGAAAAGGUUUUAGUCGAAAACUUAGUUUAACUGAACACAUGAUGAUUCACACUGGUGAAAAGCCGUUUUCAUGUGUGAACUGUGGAAAAGGUUUUAGUCACAAACAGGUUUUAACUCAGCACAUGAUGAUUCACACUGGUGAAAAGCCGUUUUCAUGUGUGAAAUGUGGAAAAAGUUUUAGUCAAAAACAGGUUUUAACUCAGCACAUGAUGACUCACACAGGUGAAAAGCCAUUUUCAUGUGUGAAAUGUGGAAAAGGUUUUAGUCGAAAACUUAGUUUAACUCAGCACAUGAUGAUUCACACUGGUGAAAAGCCGUUUUCAUGUGUGAAAUGUGGAAAAAGUUUUAGUCAAAAACAGCAUUUAACUCAGCACAUGAUGACUCACACAGGUGAAAAGCCAUUUUCAUGUGUGAAUUGUGGAAAAGGUUUUAGUCACAAACAGCAUUUAACUCGGCACAUGAUGACUCACACAGGUGAAAAGCCAUUUUCAUGUGUGAAUUGUGGAAAAGGUUUUAGUCACAAACAGCAUUUAACUCGGCACAUGAUGACUCACACUGGUGAAAAGCCGUUUUCAUGUGUGAACUGUGGAAAAGGUUUUAGUCACAAACAGGUUUUAACUCAGCACAUGAUGAUUCACACAGGUGAAAAGCCGUUUUCAUGUGUGAACUGUGGAAAAAGUUUUGGUCAAAAAGGUAAUUUAACUCAGCACAUGAAGAUUCACACUGGUGAAAAGCCGUUUUCAUGUGUGAAAUGUGGAAAAAGUUUUAGUCAAGAACAGUAUUUAACUCGGCACAUGACGAUUCACACUGGUGAAAAACCAUUUUCAUGUGUGAACUGUGGAAAAAGUUUUCGUCACAAGGUGAGUUUAAUUCACCACUUGAGGUGUCACACAGGUGAAAAGCUGUAGAAGUAUUUUCCAUACAUGUUCUAUGUUGAGGUUCACUAUAGAACUGAUUUGGUUUAAAACUAGAAUGAAAGACUGGAGGGGUUUCAUGUCUAUAAAGCUGAAAAUUGUUGUAUUUGUUAAA